CCCGGCGACAUGGCCGCGCUCUCCUGCUACCAGCCCUGCCGCUCGCACCUCGCGCAGCCCGCUAGGUGUUUUGACGACGAAGACAGCCGCCAGGCAUCGGCCACCCUCUCGUUGCGUCGCCGUCAGUUCAUCGAGCGGUGCCAUGAGGCUCGCAGCACCCGCCAUAGCGACCUGAUCUCGGAGGUGUCGGUCAAGAAGACCAGGGAGGAGUUGACCAAGCAUGCGGCACAAACCAUCCCGCUGAACCGCCGGCUCAACGUGGAGUCCGGCUGGUCGAAGGUCGAGGAGGUUCGGAAGAAGUUCGAGGGUGCGGCUACUGUGUCCUCCUUCUCCAGGUCCUUCGAGUCGCCGCCAAGGCGUCGCCUAGCCGACUCACUGUUCGCGAGUUUCAAGCUCCCGCGCAAGAAGGAAGGCAUGUCGGCGCCGCGCUCGCUCGCGCCGCAGCCGCAGCAGAAGCGCAAGUCUGCUGUCGAGCUGCUGGCGGAGAGCAAGGCCUUCUACGUCAAGUCCGAGACGGUGCUGGAUCGGAAGCAGGAGUUACCGCUUAGGGUUAGCAGUGGUCUGAGUCAAGCUAUAGCAGCGGGUGGUUGUCACCUCGUCAGCUCUGGGGCACUCAACAAUGAUGCUUGCUGCAACCCUUAUGCAACAACAAGAAGUGUUGGCAGUACCAGGCGGGCGGUGAGCGCGGGCGAGGGUCUGCAGAACACUCUCAGAAGGUUGCUAGAGCACUCGGAUAGCAGGGAGAAUGUCUACUCACCGGCUUAUGCUUCAGCGCACAAAAUCUACGCAGAAAGCAGACGGCUCAAAGACUCGUACCCUGAUCGGGAGACCAAUCCCCGCUCGCAGCACACCUCCGGAACUUUCUCUGGGACCUCGUCUUCUGGGACGUCGGGGUCUAAGGCGCAGAAGUCGGACCCUGACAAGUUGAACAGGCCCUUAAGUUUUGGAGACGCAAGGGUGUUCUUCCCGGAGUCUUUCGUGAUACCGCGACAGCGGCCGAGCGAAGUUGUGAUUAAAGGCGCUUAUUCUAUACCGAGCUCGCACUCCAGCCCCUCGCACAUGGAACUGCCUGAACCGGUGGUGAGCGGGCCAGGGUCACCAGCCGAGCAGCUGGGUGCCAUCAGCCCGCCCGCCCAAUACGCGCACUCCGCGCCCAGGUAUACCAGGUCUAAUUCUCACUCGCAGCCAAGCGCGCGCGGCGACGAGGGCAGCAACAUAAAUAGUCACAAAUCACUGCCCGACCUCCACACGCAGGCUCGCUCCUAUACUGAACACCCAACCGUGACGGGCACGGAGACGAUCGGCUCCAUCGGCCGCUCGCCGCGCCGUCGGAGGCACUCCAACCAUCAGCGGACUGCCUCGUGCUCUUCUAAGGGGACGAGGUCAAAUCAUUCUUCUUUGAUGUCAUCGUGUGAAGCUUUCUCCGAACAUCCUUCUCCGGGGGAGGACAACUACCAAUCUUACAAUAGUCGAUGCGGGUCGUCCUUCGCAAGGGACUCGGGAGGCUCCAGCGGGCAUUACACGCAGCGGAGCGCGCCUCCGCACCACCACCGCCGCACCGACUCUGGCUCGUCCACACAGCAUGAUCAGACGAGCCGCUACAACUCGUACUACCCGGAGUACGGGCAGGAGCUGGAAUGCUACGUGUCGGCGCCGCCGCAGUUCCAAGAUGGCGCGCCCUCGCCGCCGCCUGCGCUCGCGCCGCACUACCCGCCGCAACCGAGAGUUGGGAUACACUUCCAGGCCAGCGCCCCGCCGCCGCAGUUCCAAGACGAGCCGCCUGUGUACGACUAUGGUGACUACGACUGCGCCUACAAGACGCCGCUCAAAUGUCUCAACGUGGGCCGAAAGGAGUACAGUAACACUAGAGAUUAUAAUAGAUACCACUCGCCAAGCACGGAACUGGUGAGCAAGCAGCCGCAGUAUCAACAGAUGCGACGUCCGCGCCUCGAUGAUACGCAGGAAUACGUUAAUGCAAACCAGAUGUGUCCACCAGAGGAGGUGACGUCACCUCUGGGCACGUUCAAGAGACAACGGUGCUUGCGCUACAAGCAGAGGCGACCGCGACCGAUAUUGCGCUCGAAAUCAGAUAUCUCUGACAGAUACCGGCGCACAGAUGGCCGUAGCCCUGCGUCGGCUCCAUGCGAGGGCGAGGACUCUCCCGACAGUCCCUCUGAGGAGUCAUUACGUCUCCAGCAGUUCUUCGAGCGGCUGGGGCUGGAGCCGCGCCAGUACGACUCCAUAGUGCGGGACGCGCCGCCCGAGAGCCCGGUGUUCUUCUCCUCGGCCUCUACGGUCGACUCCAACCAGCUGGCUGCUACCGCUGAUUACACGGUUCGUAUUAUACUAGCUUUUAGCCGCAGCCUCCCUCGUGUUAGACUUUGGACCUACUUCAUCCCCUUGGGAGAUGAAUUCACCCCCGACAGCCCUUCUGAGGAGUCGCUACGGCUCCAGCAGCUCUACAAGAAUACUACGGCUUCGCUCGCGUAA